AACACACGGAAACAUGCUUUAUGAAGCCACAGAUAAAGACUACUUGGAACCACCAGCACAGCUUCUGCAAGAGAACUAAUUAGCAGGGCAGAUCAAGCAAUUUUAGACCAAAUCCACAAGGAAUGUGAGAGAGAAGAAGCAAACAGAAGGCAGAUUCCAAGUGAACAUGGAAGGAGCUUUGACAGCCCGAGACAGAGUGGGAGUGCAGGAUUUUGUGCUGCUCGAUUCUUACACCAGCGAGAUUGCCUUUCUGGAUAACCUUCGUAAACGCUUUCGGGAGGACCUCAUCUAUACAUAUAUCGGCACUCUGCUGGUGUCUGUGAAUCCAUACAAGGAGUUAGAUAUAUACACCCCCAAAAAGAAGGAGCUGUACCAAGGAGUGAAUUUCUUUGAACUCCCACCUCAUAUCUACGCAGUCGCGGACAAUGCAUAUCGCGUGAUGUGCACAGAGUACAACAACCAUUUCAUCUUGAUCUCUGGAGAGAGCGGAGCAGGGAAGACCGAGGCCUCAAAGAAAAUCCUGGAGUUCUAUGCCAAGACCUGCCAGACCACAGAACAGCUGCAGGUGGUGCGAGACCGUCUCUUGCUGUCAAACCCUGUGCUGGAGGCUUUUGGAAAUGCCAAGACACUCAAGAAUGAUAAUUCCAGCCGGUUUGGGAAAUACAUGGACAUCCAGUUCAGCCAUACGGGAACUCCAGUUGGAGGUCAUAUCCUGAGUUAUCUCCUGGAAAAGUCAAGAGUGGCUCACCAGAACCAUGGGGAACGUAACUUUCACAUCUUCUACCAGCUGCUGGAGGGAGGCGAGGAUGAGUUGCUUCGCUGGCUGGGUCUGGAUCGUAACCCACUGCAGUACCACUACCUUAUCCAGGGUGAGUGUGCCAAAGUGAGCUCAAUCAACGAUAAAUGUGACUGGAAAACUGUUCGCAAAGCACUGUCUGUGAUUGAUUUUACAGAAAAUGACAUUGAUAACCUGUUGGGGAUCAUCGCCAGUGUUCUGCACAUGGGAAACAUCCAGUUCAUCGCAGACAAUCACGGACGUGCCAACAUCACUGUUGACAAGCAGAUCAGAUGGAUCUCCAAGUUGUUGGGUAUACAUGUCUUGGUCCUGCAAGAGGGUCUGACACACAAGAAGAUUGAAGCCAAAGCAGAAGAGGUUUUGAGCCCACUAACUGUGGAUCAGGCCUUUUAUGCACGCGAUGCACUGGCGAAGGCUAUUUAUGGACGCACAUUUACCUGGCUUGUUAAUAAGAUCAACAAAUCACUUGCUAAUCAGGACCCCAGCAGGAAAACAGUGAUUGGACUUUUGGAUAUCUAUGGAUUUGAAGUCUUCGAUGUCAACAGUUUUGAGCAGUUCUGUAUUAAUUACUGUAACGAGAAGCUGCAACAACUGCUGAUUGAGCUGACGUUGAAAUCGGAGCAGGAGGAAUAUCAGGUGGAAGGAAUCCAGUGGGAGCCAAUCCAGUUCUUCAACAACAAGAUCAUCUGUGACCUCAUAGAACAAAAACACAAAGGAAUUAUCUCCAUUCUGGAUGAAGAAUGCUUGAGGCCUGGAGAAGCCACAGAUUUUACAUUUCUGGAUAGGUUGGAGGAGAAAGUGGGAGACCACCCUCACUUCAUAACACACAAGCUGGCCGAUAAGAACACUAGGAAGACCAUGAGGAGAGGUGACUUCAGGCUGUUACACUAUGCAGGAGGGGUCACUUACAAUGUAACGGGGUUUCUGGAUAAAAAUAAUGAUCUCCUGUACAGGAAUCUCAAAGAGGCAAUGCGUGAUUCCACAAACCUCAUAGUUAAAGAAUGUUUUAAUUUCAAUGAACUGGAUAUAAAGAAAAGACCUGAGACUGUGGCAACACAGUUCAAACACAGUCUAAUGGGCCUGAUUGACAUUUUGAUGUCAAAGGAACCUUCGUACGUCCGAUGUGUCAAACCAAAUGAUGCCAAGCAGCCAGGAAGGUUUGACAAUAUGUUGGUGAGACAUCAAGUAAAGUACCUGGGUCUCAUGGAACACCUGCGCGUGAGACGAGCUGGCUUUGCUUACCGCAGGACUUUUGAUGCUUUCUUGAAAAGGUACAAAUUAUUAUGCCCCGACACUUGGCCAAACUGGCACGGACCGGCAUCAGAGGGCGUUAAACGAGUGGUGCAAUAUAUUGGCUACAAGCAGGAGGACUACAAAAUGGGGAAAACAAAGAUAUUUAUUCGUUUUCCAAAGACAUUGUUUGCCACUGAAGAUGCAUAUCAAGCCAGCAAGAAUGCUCUGGUUGCAAAGCUUCAGGCCAGGUACAAAGGCAAACUCCAGAGGGGGGAGUUUCAGAAGCAGAAAAAGGCAGCAAUCAAGAUCGAAACGUGCUGGAGAGGAAUUCAAGCGAGGCAGGAUGCUGGAAAGAGAGCCUGGGCCGUAAAAGUAAUCAAAAAGUUUAUUAAAGGCUUCAUGCUAAGAAACCAGCCGCUUUGCCCAGAAAAUAAAGACUACUUGGCCUUUGCUCGGUAUAACUACCUGAUGAACCUAAGGAAAAAGCUACCGAAGAACGUUCUGGAUAAAAAAACGUGGCUCAAACCCCCAGCCUUUCUGGAGACGACCUCAGAGCUACUGAGGAAGUUGCAUCUGCGAACACUAGUUCGAAAAUACUGCAGGGGGAUCUCGCCCCAACGUAAGCUGCAGUUGCAACAGAAAGUUGUGGCCAGUACAUUGUUUAAAGGGAAGAAGGAUGGCUAUUUACAGAGUGUGACCAAACCCUUCAGUGACAGCAGGCUUCGUGAACAGGAUAUCAAUCCAAAGGCUCUCCAGCUGAUUCGUCAUGAGAGGCUCAAGUAUGGAGUUCCUGUCAUUAAAUAUAACCGAAAUGGCUUCAAACCCAGACCACGCCAACUGCUCCUAAUGCAGACAAAAGCUUACAUAGUCGAAGAGGACAAGAUCAAGCAGAAGAUUGAAUAUGCAACUCUGAAAGGUGUGUCUGUCAGCAACUUGAGUGAUGGAAUUUUUGUUAUCCACGUGCCCUGUGAAAACAACAAGCAAAAAGGUGAUGUAAUUCUGCAGUGUGACUAUGUCUUUGAGACUGUGACCAAGCUCUGUACCAUGGCCAGCAAGCAAAACAGCUUCAAGAUCGUGCAGGGCAGCCUAAAAUUUACUAUUGAACCAGGAAAGGAGGGGAUUGUCGAUUUCACAUCAGGCCAUGAGUCACAGGUCUUCAAAGGAAAGAAUGGUCACCUGAUGGUGAUGACUCCGAGGGUAAAGACACGAUGACCUUCGUUAUCAUUUACCUCUUCUGGUUCAAAUUUGAUGGGAAAUAUAAAUAUGCUGCAAGUCCCAAAGGCAUUCAUUGUAAUACCCUGUCACCACUUCAUCACUGUGUAACCCCUCUAUUAGUACAUCGUGUGUUGGAGGCAUGGACCGUCUCUACUGUACAUGACAUAAUCCUCUACAGUGCCUACAAGCACCAAGAGCCAGAAGAGGAUUGGUUCAAUAUAGGGGAACGUCCUUUGUUAAACUAUGAAGAUGCCCCAGACCUGAUUCUUUAUCAUGUCCUGUUAGAUGGGUGUGCUCACUCAGCUUCCCUGGGCUCGAAUGGGAGGAGUCUAUAAGGUUCCUUGCUCCUGAUCACUGUGUGGUAACCCUGUGUGUGGAUCAGAUUAUGUAUUGGUGUCAUUUAAUUGUUUGACAAGGGCCAGAAGUAACCAAUAUCAAAUCAGGGCAUGUGAACACCCAAAUGCUAAGGGUAGGAUAGUGCCUGGAAAAUUGGGGAGGAUCAAAGGUUAAGCAAGUUACUUGGAAUGGUAGAAAAGGAGUGAGGAUUGGAAAUACUCAGGUCAGGCAACAGCGAAGGAGAGAGAUGCAUUGUUAAUAUUUUUGGCCUGAGACCUUCCAGUCACAGAUAGGAUGUUAUAUAUUGGUCCACAGAGGAAUUCUAGCCAUAGAGAAGGAGGGAAGUAGGACCAAUACUGAAGCUACUUUCUUCCUUUAUUCAACUUGUUCAAAAUAAUGGCACACAGUUUUGCCCAUCAAACAUGCUCCCACACCUUCAUCCUCCCAGCCCACUGUCGCUAGCUGCAGAAUAGACAAGGAAAUCCCAGCAUUUCCCUCUCAAGCCCACAGUUCCUCUCUCUGCAAUCUCCUCUAUCCUUGUAUCCCUCCACCAAGAUCAUUCCAAGUCUUACUCCUGGGACUCAACAAUAAGUACUCCAUUUUGAGUACUGUUUGGGCGAUUGACCUUCCUGGGGGAAACACAGCGGCCGUGCCUCUGGCACUGAGCCUGUCUCUGCGGCUCAGAAGGGUAGGGAACUGCAGAGGAUGGCAGUAGUAAAAGAGGACUCUAUAGUUAGGGGGACAGGUAGGCAAUUCUGUGGACGUGAAAGACAAACAGAUGGUAGUUUGCCUAUCAGGUGCUAGGGUCCAUGAUGUUUCUGGACACGUCCACAGUGUCUUGAAAAGGGAGAGUGAGCAGCCAAAAGUCGUGAUACAUAUUGGUACCCACGACACAGGUAGAAAAGGGGAGGAGGUCCUGGAAACAGAAUACAGAGAGUUAGGGAGGAAGCUGAGAAGCAAGACCUCAGGGGUAAUAAUCUUGGGAUUGCUGCCUGUGCCAUGCGACUGUGAGGAUAGGAGUAGAAUGAGGUGCUGGAUAAAUGCAUGGUCGAAGAAUUGAAGCAGGGGCCAGGGAUUCAGAUUUCUGGAUAAUUGGGAAUUCUUCAGGGGCAGGUGGGACCUGUACAAAAGUGACAGGCUGCACUUGAAUCUGAGGGGGACCAACAUCCUUGUGAGUAGGUUUGCUAGAGCUCUUGGGAGUGGUUUAAACUAAUAUGAAGGGAGAAUGGGAACCAGUAUGAUAGAACUGAGGAUGAGCCAUCAGGUUUACAAGUAGAUGAUGUAAUAUGAAAGUAAGGAAGGCACAGGAUAAAUAUGUCCCACAGAAGAAAUUGUUCUCAAAUGCCAGGGAUAGGCAACCAAGGAAAGGGCAUAUAAGGUAGCAAAAAUGAAUGGAAAAUUGGAUAAUUGGGAAGCUUUUAAAAUCCAACAAAAGGCAAUAAGAAGGGAAAAAAUGAAAUAUGAGGCAGACUAGCCAAUAAUAUAAAGCAGGAUAUUAAAAGUUUCUUCAGUUAUAUAAAGCGUGUGGCACAUGGCCAAGUGGAUAAGGCAUCAGUCUAGUGAUCUGAAGGUCACUAGUUCAAGCCUUGGCUGAGGCAGCGUGUUGUGUCCUUGAGCAAGGCACUUAACCACACAUUGCUUUGCGAUGACACCAGUGCCAAGUUGUAUGGGUCCUAGUGCCCUUCCCUUGGACAACAUCAAUGGCAUGGAGAGGGGAGACUUGCAGCAUGGGCAACUGCAGGUCUUCCAUGCAACCUUGCACAGGCCUCAGUCAUCAUCGAAAAUUGAUGGACAGCUGAAGAAGAUAAAGAGUAAAGGGGAGGUAAGAGUUGACAUUAGGCCACUGGAAAAUUAUGUUGGUGAAGUAGUAAUGAGGGACAAAGAAAUGGCAGAUGAACUUAAUAAGUACUUUGCAUCUGUCUUCAUUGUAGAAGACACUAGCAAUGUGCCAGAGGUUCAUGAGUGUCAGGGAGCAGGAGUGAGUGCCAUUGAUAUUACAAAGGAAAAAGUGCUAGGCAGACUCUAAGGCCUUAAGAUGGACAAGUCACCUGGACCAGAUGGACUACCCCGAGUUCUGAAAGGGGUUGCUGAAGAGAGAGCAGAUGCAUUGGUUAUAAUUUUUCAAAAAUCACUUGAUUCUAGCAUGGUUCCAGAGGACUGGAAAAUUGAAUAUGCCACUCCACUCUUUAAGAAAGGAGGAAAGAAAAAAACAGGAAAUUAGGGGCCAGUUAGCCUAACCUCAGUGGUUUGGAAACUGUUAGAGUUUUAGGAUGAGGUUUUGGGGUACUUGGAGACUAAUGUUAAAGUAAGUCAAAGUCAGCUUAGUUUCUGUAAAGACAUAGUUUUGCGUGACAAAUCUGUUAGAGUUCUUCGAGGAAGUAACAAGCAGGAUGGACAAAGGAAAGACAGUGGAUGUCAUUUACUUGGAUUUUCAGAAAGCAUUUCAUAAAGUGCCACACAUGAGGCUGUUUAACAAGAUAAAACCCCAUGGCAUAAGACAAUAAGACAUUACAGGCAUUACAGGAAAUAUACUGUCAUGGAUAGGGAAAUGGCUGAUAGGCAGGAGGCAGUGAGUGGGUAUAAAAGGGAUCUUUUCUAGUUAGCUGCCAGUGAUCAGUGGUGUUCCUCAGGGGUCAGAAUUGGGAUCGCUACUUUUCACAUAGUUUGUCAGUGAUUUGGAUAGUGGAAUUGAUGGCUUUGUGGCAAAGUUUGCAGAUGAUACAAAGAUAGGUGGAGGAGUAGGUAGUGCUGAGAAAGCAAUGUGAUUGCAGAAGGGCCUGGACAAAUUGGAAGAACUGGCAAAUGGAAUACAGUGUUGGGAAAUGUAUGAUAAUGCAUUUUGGUAAAAGGAACAAAAAUGCAGACUGUUAUCUAAAUUGGGAGAAAAUUCAAGCAUCAGAGAUGCAAAGGGACUUAGGAGUCCACAUGCAAGACUCCCAGAAGGUUAAUUUACAGGUUGAGUCUGUGGUAAAGUAGGCAAAUGCAAUGUUGGCAUUCAUUUCAAGGGGAAUAGGAUAUAAAAGCAAGGAGAUUAUGCUGAGGAUUUAUAAGGCACUAGUCAGACCUCACUUGGAGUAUUGUCAACAGUUUUGGGCUCCAUAUCUCAGAAAGGAUGUGUUGUCUUUGGAGAGAGUCCAGAGGAGGUUCAUGAGGAUGAUUCUAGGAAAGAAAGGUGUGACAUAUGAGGAGCAUUAGGACUGUACUCACUGAAACUUAGAAGAAUGCAUGGGGAUCUCAUUGAAACCUACCGAAUGUUGAAAGGACUAGAUAGGGUGGAUGUGGAGAGGAUAUUUCCAAUUGUAGGGUAUCCAGAACUGGAGGGUAUAGCCUCAAAAUUGAUGGGUGACCCUUUAGAACAGAGUCAAGGAGGAAUUUUUUUAGCCAGAGAUUAGUGAAUCUGUUGAAUGCUCUGCCACUGACAUAAGUGGAGUCUAAGACCAUGGAUAUAUUUAAAGUGAAAAUUGAUAGCUUCCUGAAUGGUCAGGUUAUGGUGAGAAGGUAGGGUCAUGAGGUUGAGUGGAAUCCGAGGGUCAACCAUGAUGGAAUGGCAGAGCAGACUCAAUGGGCUGAAUGGCCUAAUUCUGCUUCUAUCUGAUGGUCUUAUGGACUUGAGCAUGAAAAGUACUUGGGCUCUGCAGCAUUGAGGAGGUGGCAAUUAUUGUGGUUGCUGUUUCUAAGAUUGGAUACUAAACUGAGAUCCCACCUCCUUUUGCAGAUGUGGAAGAUUCUAUAGGGUUGUUCUGAGCUCAGGAUUCCUUUCUGUCCAUUUUGUGACAUUAUGAAUAUACAUUUUAUUCUUUCUAUUGUGUGCCUGCUUGAAUAUUUGUUAAAUGCACACUGUAAGAAUCUCUCUGAGCAGCGACCAGUCAGUGUUUGGGAUGGUUAACAAGAGGGCAGGGGGAAGCACAGUGACCACCAUCACAACGGCUGCAGUCUGAGUGGGCAGGGUCAAAGUGGGCAGGGUCAGAGUGGGCAGAGUCUGAGUGGGCAGGGUCAAAGUGGGCAGGGUCUGAGUGGGCAGAGUCAGAGUGGACAGGGUCAGAAUGGGCAGGGUCUGAGUGCAGAGUCUAAGUGGGCAGGAUCAGAGUGGGCAGGGUCUGAGUGGGCAGGGUUUGAGUGGACGGUCAGAGUGGGCAGGGUCUGAGUGGACAGUCUGAUUGGCAGAGACUGAGUGGGCAGGGUCUGAGUGGGAAGGGUCAGAGUGGACAGGGUCAGAGUGGGCAGGAUCUGAGUGGGCAGGGUCAGAGUGGGCAGGAUCUGAGUGGGCAGGGUCAGAGUGGGCAGGGUCAGAGUGGGCAGGGUCAGAGUGGUCAGGAUCUGAGUGGGCAGAGACUGAGUGGGCAGGGUCUGAGUGGAGACGGUCAGAGUGGGCAGGGUCUGAGUGGACAGGAUCAGAGUGGGCAGGGUCAGAGUGGGCAGGAUCUGAGUGGGCAGGGUCAGAGUGGGCAGGGUCAGAGUGGGCAGGAUCUGAGUGGGCAGGGUCAGAGUGGGCAGGGUCAGAGUGGACAGGGUCUGAGUGGGCAGGGUCAAAGUGGGCAGGGUCUGAGUGGGCAGAGACUGAGUGGGCAGGGUCUGAGUGGACACGGUCAGAGUGGGCAGGGUCUGAGUGAACAGGAUCAGAGUGGGCAGGGUCAGAGUGGGCAGGGUCAGUGGGCAGGGUCUGAGUGGACAGGGUUUGAGUGGGCAGGGUCUGAGUGGACAGGGUUUGAGUGGGCAGGGUCAGAAUGGGCAGGGUCUGAGUGGACAGGGUCAGAAUGGGCAGGGUCUGAGUGGGCAGUGUCUGAGUGGACAGGGUCUGAGUGGCAGAGUCUGAGUGGGCAGGGUCAAAGUGUGCAGGGUCUGAGUGGACAGGGUCUGAGUGGCAGAGUCUGAGUGGGCAGGGUCAAAGUGUGCAGGGUCUGAGUGGGCAGGGUCAAAGUGUGCAGGGUCUGAGUGGGCAGGGUCAGAGUGGACAGGGUCAGAGUGGGCAGGGUCAGAAUGGGCAGGGUCAGAGUGGGCAGGGUCUGAGUGGACAGGGUCAAAGUGGCAGAGUCUGAGUGGUAGUUUUGAAGCAUUUGCUCUUCGAGGUUUCUGCAAAGAGGAAGGAAUGGGAAGAAAAGUUAACGGUGAAGUUUUUUUCCCCUUUCAACUUCUUUUUACUUGCACAUCUAGGAUAGUAGAGAUGCCAGGCAGGAUAGUUGAAUGCUCCUCUUGCAGGAUGUGGGAAAGCAGGGAGUUCUCCAGUGUCCCUGACAACUAUAACUGCAAGAAGUGCAUCCAGUUGCAGCUUCCAACAAUCCGUGUUAAGGAACUGAAGCUGGAACUGGAUGAACUCCGGAUCAUUCGGGAGGCUGAGGGGUGAUAGACAGGACAUAUAGAGAGGUGGUUACACCCAAGGUGCAGGACACAGAAAACAGCGAGACAGUCAGGAAAGGGAAGGGGUUAAACAGCCAGUGCAGAGUACCCCUGGGGCCAUCCCCCUCAACAACAGGUAUAUCACUCUGGAUACUGUUGAUUAGAUUGGGGGGGGGGGGGGAAUGACCAAGGUCACAGCGGUCAGGUCUCUGGCAUUGAUUCGGAAUCUGUGACUCCGGGGGGAAUGAGGGAGAAGAGGCAUACUGCAGUGAUAGGGGAUUCGUUAGUUAGAAUGGACAGGAGGUUCUGUGGGUGAAAACAAGACUCCCAGGUGGUAUGUUGCCUCCUGGGUGCCAGGGCUCGGGGCAUCUCAGAUUGAGUCCUCAGCAUUCUUAAGUGGGAGGGUGGACAGCCAGAGGUUGUGGUACCAAUGACAUGGGGAAGAUGAGUGAUGAGUUUUGGCAUAGGGAGUUCAGGGAGUCAAGUGCUAAGUUAAAGGACAGAACCUUCAGGGUUGUGUUCUCAGGAUUGCUACCUGUGCCGUGCGUUAGUGAGGCCAGAAGUAGAAAUAUUAUACAUGGCUAAGGAGUUGGUGUAGGAGAGAGGUCAGAAGACUGUUGGUUCAUUGGGCUCUCUUUCAGGGAAGGUGAGACCUUGUACAAAAGGGAUGGUUUGCUCCUGAACUGGAGGGGACUAAUAUCCUAGUGGGAAGGUUUCUUAACGCUGCACAGCGGUUUACAAACAGAGACAAUGUGUAGUGAGGAGAGGCUGAUGAUAGGACAAAAUUGCAGUCAGCAGGAUGAGUUACAAAAUAAGGAAUGGACGAAAUCGAAAACAGGACUGAAGGUGUUAUACUUGAAUAUGUGCAGUAUACAGAAUAAGGUAGAUCAACUUGCAGCACAGUUGCGGAUUGGCAGGUAUGGUGAUAUAGGCAUCACUGAAUUGUGGCUGAAAGAAGAUUAUAGCUGGGAGCUUAAUAUCCAAGGAUACACAUUGUAUUGAAAGGACGGGCAGGAAGGCAGAGGGGGCAGCUUUGUUCUGUUGGUAAAAAAUGAAGUCAAAUCAUUAGAAAGAGCUGAAGGUGUUAAAUCAUCAUGGAUAGAGCUAAGGACUGCAAGGAUAAGAAGACCUUGAUGGGAACUGUAUACAAACCCCCAAAUGGUAGAAAGGACAAUGGGAGAUAGAAAAUGCACGUGAAAAGGGCAAUGUUACAAUAGUCAUGGGGAAUUUCAAUAAGCAGGUAGAUUGGGAAAAUCAGGUUGGUGCUGGAUUCCUGGAGGGGAAAUUUCUAGAGUACCUACAAGAGAGCUUUCUGGAGCAGCUUGUGGUUGAGCCCACCGGGGGAUCAGCUGUUCUAGAUUGGGUGUUCUGCAAUGAACUGGAAUUGAUUAGAGAGCUUAAGGGGCAAAUGAUCAUAAUAUGAUUGAAUUCACCCUUAAGUUUGUGAAGGAGAAGCUAAAGUCAGAUGUAUCAGUAUUACAGUGGGGUAAAGGGAAUUACAGAGGCACGAGAGGUGUUGGCCUGAAUUGAUUGGAAAAAACACUGGCAGGGAUGGCGGCAAAGCAGCAGCGACUGGAAUUUCUGGAAACAAUUUGGAAGGCAAAAGAUAUAUACUUCCCAAUGAGGAAGAAAUAUUCUAAAGGAAAGAUGAUACAGCUGUGAGAAGUCAAAGCCAACGUAAAAGCCAAAAAGAGAGCAUAUAAUAGAGCAAAAAAUAGUGGAAAGUUAGAGGAUUAGAAAGCUUUUAAAAACCAACAGGCAACUAAAAUAGUAAUUAAGAAGGUAAAAAUAGAAUAUGAAAGUAAGCUAGCCAAUAAAGUUAAAGAUGGUACCACAGGUUUUUCAGAUACAUGAAGUGUAAAAGAGAGGACAAAAUCCAUACUGGACCAGUGGAAAAAUGAUGCUGGAGAGGUUGCAAUGACAAGGAAGUGGCGGAUGAACUGAGUAAGUAUUUUGCAUCAGUCUUCACUGUGGAAGACACUAGCAGUAUGGUGGAAGUUCCAGGUGAAAGGGGUCAUGAAGUGUGUGAAGUUACCAUAAUUAGAGAGAAGGUUCUUGGGGAAAUUGAAAGGUCUGAAAGUAGAUAAGUCACCUGGACUGGAUGGUGUACACCCCAGGGUUCUGAAAGAGGUGCCUGAAGGGAUGGUAGAGGCAUUAAUAAGGAUUAUUCAAGAGUCACGAGAUUCUGGAAUGGUUCUGGAAGACUGGAAAAUUGCAAAUGUCACUUCACUCUACAAGAAGGGAGAGAGGCAGAAGAAAGGAAACUAUAGGCCAGUUAGUCUGACCUCUAGUUGGGAAGAUGUUAGGAUGUGGUUUCAGGUUACUUGGAGGUACAUGAUAAAAUAGGCCAUAGCAAGUUUUCCUCGAGGGAAAAUCUUGCCUAACAAAUCUGUUGGAAUUCUUUGAAGAAUUAACAAGCAGGGUAGACAAAGGAGAAUUGGUUGACGUUGUGUACUUAGAUUUUCAGAAGGCCUUUGACAAGGUGCCACACAUGAGGCUACACAAGCUACGAACCCAUUGUACUACAGGAAAGAUCCCAGCUUGGAUAAGGCAGAGGCUGAUUGGCCAGAGGCAAAGAAUGGGAAUAAUGGGAGCCUUUUCUGGUUGGCUGCGGAUGACUAGAGGUGUUCCACAGGGGUCUGUGUUGGGACCGAUUCUUUUAAAAUUAUGUAUGAUGGAAUUAAUGGCUUUUUUUUUUUGCAAAUUUUGUAUUCAAAUGAAGAUAGGUGGAUGGGCAGGUAGUUUUGAGGAAAUAGAGAGGCUACAGAAGGACUUAGAUUGUGAGAAUGGGCAAAGUAUUUGCAGGUUGAGUCUGUGAUGAGGAAGGCAAAUACAAUGUUAGUAUUCAUUUCACGAGGGCUAGAAUAUAAAAGCAAGGAUGUAAUGUUGAGACUUUAUAAAGCACUGGUGAGGCCUCACUUGGAGUAUUGUGAACAGUUUUGGGCCCCUUCUCUUAGACUGGAUGGGCUGACAUUGGAGAGGGUUCAAAGGAGGUUCACCAAAAUGAACUUGAGUUUGAAUGGUUGUCAUAUGAAGAGUGUUUCAUGGCUGUGGGCCUGUAUUCACCAGAAUUUAGAAGAAUGAGGGGUGGCCACAUUGAAAGCUAUCGAAUGGUGAGAGGACUUGAUAGAGUGGAUAUGGAGAGGAUGGUGGGAGAGUCUAAGACCAGAGGACACAGACUCAGAAUAGAAUGGAGAUGAGGAAUUUCUUUAGCCAGAGAGUGAUGAACCUGAAAUUAUUUGCUACUAGCAGCUGUGGAAGGCAAGUCUUUAAGUAUAUAUAAGGCAGUGGCCGAUAGAUUCUUGAUUGGUCGGGGCAUGAAGUGAUACAGGGAGAAAUCAGGAUAUUGGGGCUGAGAGGAAAAUUGGAUCAGCCAUGAUGAAAUGGUGGAGUAGUCUUGAUGGGGCAAAUGGCCUGUUUCUGCUCCUAUAUCUUAUGAUCUUAUUAAAUAUAAUGCAUUUAAUGCAUAACGGUGCUGAUACUUUGCAAUAGCUUAACUAAACUAAAAAUGUUUUUCAUUUGUACUCAGUGUCUGAGGCUUCUUACUUAAGUGUCUAACAAUAAUCAGCCAGCAUUGAUGGAUUCCAGUUGCCCUGAUACUAUUUCUCCAUGACCACAAUGUCCUGGUGAAAACUCUCACCAUGCUUGUCACUGACAGCACCAAGAUUUGCAGGGAAACAGUCUAAAUGGGAAUACAGAAAAUGAAUCUUUGGUGACACGUUGCACUUCAUGGUUUUGUAUGAUUGAAGCAUGUUGUCAACCAGCUACAUGUAGUUUGGUGCUCUGUACUUGCAAAGAAAAUUUUUAACAGCAUCUUUGAUUGCCUUCCAUGUGAUUUUCUCUGCUCCCACAAGUUCUUUGAAUUAUCUGUUAUUGAUGACUUGGUGAAUUGUGGACCAUCAAAAAUGCCUUCCUUAAUCUUGGCAUCAGUUAUUCUAACUUUAAUUAUGAAACAAAAUAACAAAUAUAGGCAAUUUUAAAAAUAAGUGGUGCAUGAUAGGUGAAUUUCAUGGUGAUUUUUAUGAUCAGCAGUCCGAAGUCCAUAAGGUACACCCAAAAGUAUUCAGGAAGCAAAAUGUUUGUUGUCCAGUGUAAUCAAACAUUUAGUUCAGUUCAGCACUGUGCCGCUAGCCCAUUGCAGGCCUGUGCCCCCAUCCGCAUCGAUCAUUCCAUGUCAGACUGCUCAAAAACAGCAAAAAUAUUAGUAAUCAGAACCCAGGAACAUUUGCAACAUGAAGCUAAAAGUCCCUGAAACAUGUCCACAGCCUUACCGAUCAUUCCUUGCUAAGUGGAUCCCAAGACGCCUGCACUCUCCUCUGACAGCAGCUCAUGCAAGGGGGAGGAAGACCGAUCAAAUGUAGGGCAAACACACACCAUCCUCUGCUCUCAUUCUCAUUGACAUCAACCUUGCUCAAUGCCUCAAUUGCAGAGGAGCAAUGGAAUCGUUCAUGGUCUCCAGGCUCCCAGGUCUCCAGGCUGUACAGUCCACUUCCAACCUCACCAAUCUCCCUUGGUGACAGCAAAACAUCAGAUCACUCAAUAGGUCCAAAGACACACCAUCAAAAUCUAAAUCACAGAUUUCAAUUGCAUGCAGCUAAUGAAGAACUAAAUGGUAGUUUCAUGUACUGUCUGCAGGACAUCAAUAUUAGUUACGUUAUUCACUGGUCAUCUUGAAGGAUUUCAGUCUUCCAGACACCGCUUUAUUUUAUCCCCUCUUCAGCCCUGCAUCUAAAGGCUAAAGCUUUUGUUAAUCUCUCAUUGCUGGGUUCCCAAUUCCCAAUGUGGCUUGACUGUAUGUAUCUUGUCACACUGAAUCUCACUCAGCACUCUGAGACCUACUUCCAGAACUAGCAUUCAAUGGUUAUAAAUAAAGAAUCACGCCAUUAAGGUUAGGGCUGAGGUGAGGCUUUUAUAUUUACCAGAGAUACAGGGUGGAACCUCCAUUGAGGUGCACAGCCCAGUAACCCGGCUAUUAAAAACUAGUCUAAUCACGGGACAAUUUACAAUGACCAAUUAACCUACUAACCAGGACUGUGGGAGGAAACUCAUGUGGUGAUGGGGAGAAUGUACAAACUCCUUAGAGACAGCGCUGGAAUUGAACUCUUCACCCCCGCAUGGCCCGAGCUGUAAUAGCACCACGCUAACCACUAAGCUACUGUGGCCCAUCAAAGGGUCAUCAGUCUUUUUAACAUUCUUCCCCAAAGGACAGUGGAAGCAAAGUCUUGGAAUAACUUUAAGGUUGACAUAGGCAGAUUCCUGAUUGAAUAAGGUGGUGAAACAUCAAACACUACAGCACAGUACAGGCCCCUUGGCCAAGAUGUGGUAUCAAACUUUUAAAGUAGUCCAUGAUCCACUAACCCUUUCCUGCUACAUGGGCCAGAACCCUUGUGAACCUCCUCUGGACCCUCUCCAAUACCAGCACAUCUCUUCUACGAUGAGGAGCCCAAAACUGUUCACAGUACACAAGGUGAGGCCUCACUGUAGCCUUAUAAAGCCUCAGCAUCACAUCCCUGUUCUUGUAUUCUGGACCUUUUGAAAUGAAUGCUAAAGUUGCAUUUGCCUUCCUCACCACUGACUCAACCUGCAAGUUAACUUUUUGGGUGUUCUACACAAGAACUCCCAAGUCCCUUUGCAUCUCAGAUAUUUGGAUAUUCUCUUGUUUAGAAAAUAGUCUGCACAUUUAUUUCUACUACAAAAGUGCAUGACCAUGACCCAUUAUAUUUCAUUUGCCACUUUCUUGACCGUUCUCCUAAUCUGUCUAAGUCCAUCUGCAUCCUACCUGUUUCCUCAACACCACCUGCCCCUCCACCAAUCUUCAUAUCAUCUGCAAACUUGACAACAAAGCCAUCUAUUUCAUCAUCUAAAUCACUUAUAUACAGCAUAAAAAGAAGUGGUCCCAACACCGACCCCUGCAGAACACCACUAGUUGCUGGCAGCCAACCAGACAAGGAUCCUUUUAUUCCCAUUUGCUGCCUCCUUCCAAUCAGCCAAUCUGUAACCAUGUUAGUAACUUUCCUAUAAUACCAUGGGCUCUUACUUUGGUAAGCAGCCUCUUGUGUGGCACCUUGUCAGAGGCCUUCUGAAUGUACAAAUAUACAACAUCCACUGCACCCCCUUUAUCUAUCCUAUGUGUAAUCUCCUCAAAGAAUUCCAACAGGUAUAUCAGACAAGAUUUUCCCUUAAGGAAAGCAUGCUAACUUUGUCCUGUCUUGUCCUGUGUCACCAAGUACUCCAUCACCACAUCCUUUAAGAAUUGACUCCCAACUACUGAAGUUAGGCUAACUGGUCUAUAAUUUCCUUUCUGCUGCCUUCCUCCUUUCUUAAAUAGUGGAGUGACAUUUGCAAUCUUCCAGUCCUCUGGCAUCAUGUCAGAGUCCAAUGAUUUCUGAAAGAUCAUUUCUAAUGCCACCACAAUCUCUAACGCUACCUCUUUCAGAAUCCUAGGGAGCAGUUCCUCUGGUCCGGGUGACUCAUGUACCUUUAGGUCUUUCAGCUUUUUGAGCACCUUCUCUCUUGUGAUAGUAACUGCAGCCACUUCUCUUCCUUUGCACACUACAACAUCUGGCACACUGCUGGUGUCUUCCACAGUGAAGACUGAUGCAAAAUACUCAUUUAGUUCAUCAGCCAUCUUCUUGUCCCCCAUUAUUAUUUCUCCUGCCUCAAUUUCUAGCAAUCCUAUAUCCACUCUCAUUUCUUUUUUUCACAUUCUUGAAAAAGCUUUUACUAUUCAUAUUGACAUUAUUUGUUAGCUUGUUUUCAUACUUCAUCUUUUUCCUUCUAAUGAUUCUUUUAGUUGCUCUUUGUAGGUUUUUAAAAACUUCCCAAUCCUCUAUCUUUACACUAAUUUUUUGCUUUGUUUUAUGCCCUCUCUUUUGUUUUUACAUCAGCUUUGAAUUCCUUUGUCAGCCACGGUGGCACUAUUUUCCCAUUUGAGUAUUUCUUUGUUUUUGAAAUACACAUGUCCUGCACCUUCCUCAUUUUCCCCAGAAACACACACCAUUGCUGCUUUGCUGACAUCCCUGUCCGUAGCUCCUUCCAAUUUACUUUGGCUAAUUCCUCUCAAACCACUAUUAAUUUCCCUUACUCCGCUGAAAUAUUGCUACAUCAGACAUUACUUUCUCCCUAUCAAAUUUCAAGUUGAACUAAAUCGUAUUGUGAUCACUGGUUCCUAAGGGUUGAUAGCAAGACAGAAAGAUUGUGGGAGGAGUGCAAGUUCAGCAAGGACUCACUGGGCUGAAAGGCUCUUUCUGUACUGUAUGACUCUUAAAUGAAAGCCUGCAGGGCUUUCAAAUGCGGGUUCCUUGUUUCUCUCCUGAAUCAGAAUUGUGUCUCCAAAGUCAGAAUUAUUAGCACUGGCAUUUUGUGAAAUGUGUUGUUUUGCAGUAGCAGUACAGUGCAAGACAUAAAAAUUACUGUUAAGUUACAAUGUUGGUCACACAGGAGCAGGUUGGUGUGAUACAGGACCCAGGGUGAACGUGGUGAGUCCCAGAACUCUGUCCCUAAAAGUCCCUCCAUGUACUCCUUGACAUAUCUCAAAGUUUAGCCCUUUCAGCUGCUGUUAACUGUCCUUGAAGUACCAGAUCUCCUCUGAAGUCAAGCAGUUUAUACUUGACAUGUCCUAUUUUAAUUAACUCCCGUUUGUCAGAAAACAAUCACACAUGAGAGCUACAACACCAGCCACAAGGCAAACCUCACUUGUUAUCUGUAAAACAGCAAAUCCAUGGUUAAAAAGCAUGUGGGGCACAGAUCUUUAACUGGCAUCAUUUCCAAUGUGUGAAAACAAGACCAAAUAUUGUGGUAGUGACGUUGUUAUAUGUAUCAGUGACAUUAUGUACAGAAUAACUGCUUUGCAAAACUUCAGAAAAAUAAAGCCAUGCUUUCUAGAA